AUGACACAAGCAACGACCCACUCAUCGCCCACUCGCCGCUCUUCAAGGUCCUCUCCCGCAAGGGAAGCACAGCAAUCGGUACCCUCAGCCCCUGUCCCUGCACCUGCAAAAAAUCCUGCUGUUGCCACCAUCCCUGCAACUUCUUCAAGUUCAACAACCACCGCAGCUGCUGACACCACGACCCCUACCACUACCACUGCCACUACCACCACCACCACAACGACAGCUACAGCAACAACAGCAACAGCAACCACAAGCGAAAGCUCCACGAAUGCCGACACGAAUACAACGGCAGCAACGAAUGGCACGGAUGGAUCAGCCUACACGCGACACACUGCUCCCAAGCGGUCGAAUGUCAAGCCUCGGUGGCACACUCAGCCGUACAUGAUGUUCUUGGCACUGAGGGCCAUGCCCAAUCGCACCGCUGCAAGACAAGAGCUGAUAUCUGCAGCAGUUGCACUCGACCGAAAGUUCAGUGCCGAGAAGGGCCUUCCCAAAGUCUUUACUGGCAAGACUCCAAUGAAUUCUGCGUCGGCUUGCUUAACAAACAACGGCGACAAGUACUUUAUCCCCUUCAAGCCAGAGGGGAGCAGGAGCACACAUUUCCGACUCGCGUAUCAGCCUGGGGACUUUGACACUGCCGUCAAGGAGUACGAUAGCUGGAUGGAGAAGCUGAUCAAGCAUGAUUGGCCGCUGUGUUUCGGUGUGCCCAAAGAAGGUGCCGUACCCAUCGAUGUGCUUGAACUUCAUGAGAGAGCUCGUUUGGCGGCACUGGAACUGAACGCGCCUGAAACGGUCAUAGCAGCUGAUCCAUCUGCAUCGAGCAUAGAGCUCGCUAUUGAGAAGUUUGAGUUUAUAGGGAUCCCAUCCGUCGACAGCACAUCUGUAGGGUCAAGGAAGCGUAGCCCAGAACCUCUGGAUCAAGAUGCGACGGAUGACUCUCGGAAUGUCAAGAAGAUCAAGUCGGAGCUGGACUCGGCUGUUGUAUCGGAUACAGCACUGGAGAGCGCUGCUCAACUAGCAGAUCAGGGACAGGAUCAGGAUUCAAAGGUCGUGGACAAGCUAGAGCAAUUGGAGCUCAGAGCAACGCCAUCACUUCCCUCAACCCCUGCCUCGGUCACUGGUCAGGAGUCAGAAACAACACCAUCUACACCAACAUCGGCAGCGGCAAAGGCGACGUCGGCUGGAGGACCUUCGUCUAAGUCAGAGAGUCAAAGGGUAGACGAGUAUCGCCUGGAGGAUCUGGAUCUGAGCUCUGUCCCAACCUCACUUAUGGAUGUGGUUCGAGUAGCUGAGUCGACCAUUCCCAACUCUGGAAACGGGUUGUUUGCCAGGAUCGAUCUGCCUGCCAGCACCCCUCUUGGAUUCUAUUUCGGCGUGCCGAUGACAGAGAACGAGUUUGACUCUCUGAAGGAUGGCGUUGGUGUAGCUUCCCACUACUCGAUUAUGUAUCGUCGGACAGUCUUGGACGCGACCGAUGAGAAGGGAAUGCCCUACAGUGACCCUAACGGGCGACUUUACUGCCCAUUCCAUUUCAUGAACGAGGACCCCAAUGGAAACAUUUCGUUCAUCACAGGAAGUGUCGUCAAUCAAGUGAUCUGCACGACCAGCCGGGAUGUCAAGGCUGGCGAAGAGUUGUUCGUAUUCUAUGGCAAGGAGGUCGAUCGGUUCUGGGCACAGGGCCAAGAUGGGUCGGGCAGUGAAGGUGGAGACGCCAAGAAGGGACGUGCUGGCUCAAGAUCGAGAGCUACAUCACCUGUCAGGAGAGAGGAGCAUGGCGAUCGACCUAGACGGAACAACAUCUACAAACCAGCUCGCUACACGCGCUAA